ACGAACAAAAGUUGAUGAUCUAUAUAUAACAGAAAAUAUAUAGAGAGGGAGUCAAAGUUACAAGCCCCGAGUACUAGUCCAGCAGCACCAAGCCAUUGUUAUUGUUAGUUACUACUAUUAUUAUUAUUUAUUGUGCCGUGUGUUUCCGGCGAUCGUGAUCACCGGGUAGUGUAUAUUUCGGCGGCACGGCGGCAAGGGAAGGUGGUUGUGGAAGUGAGAACUGGACAGUUGGUUCUGAACUGAGGAAGAGGAAGCUGCUGUUCUGUGGAUUACCAGAUUAAAGCAGGCCAAUUCUUGAAAAUAUCCCCUGCAGUAGCUUGGAAGCUUUCUUCUGCACUACAGAAUCCAUGUAAAUAUGAAACUCGAGAGGGAACCGGUGUUUGGCCAAUUAAGUUUAAGCCACAAGCCUGAUUAUAAUCCUUUUGAUCACAAUGAGAUUACUCUGAAUUCUGGGGGAUUACAAUCAGCAAAUUGGAUUGGGAAGGAAAGUCAGACCAGGGUUUUGUUUGAUUCGAAGGACAAUGAGGAAGAUGCUGUUCAAAAUGAUGGAAUUGACUUGACUGCAUCAAGAUUUGAUUGUUCAAAGAGUGUGGAUGAUUUGGAAACCUGUAAUGAAGGUGAAGUUAAAGGUUUUGCGCCUGAAAAAUUAGAAUCUUUAGGGAAGCAAUCAGAAUAUUAUAUGGACAAAAGUGUUACAGAAUGCGACUUGCCAGAACUGACAGUUUGUUACAAAGAGAGUAGUUGCAAUACUAUCAAGGAUAUCUGCAUAGAUGAGGGAGUGCCUUCCCAAGAGAAGAUCCGGUUUGAGACAGACGUGGAUGAGAAGGCAUUUUGCACUUAUUUGUCUCCCGAUAAGGAUCAGAAACACCUACUGCUUGAACAACAAAUGGACAUUUUUAUGACCGUUCCAGAUGAUUUCAAGUCUUCUGCACAGAAAUAUGAUGUAAAGAAGGAUUUUGUCAUUGCUUGUGAUGCCAAGGAUCUGGUGCAGAGAGAAGAAGCAAUAUAUGAUGCAUCAGAGAAAACUGCAAUUGAUGUGUCCAGAGACAUGAUUUCCCCUGAAAACUUGCGAUCACAGAAUUUGAACUCCAAGUCCUCUAGUAAGGCCAGCAAUGAAGCUGUACAAGAUACUGUUCAGAUAUCGAGUGACAAGGAAAGUGAAAUAGCAGAAACUCACAGCAGUGCUUUGGUUUCAGCAAAGGAAGAAUCUAAGGAUAUUGAGGAUGGAGCGUUCUUGAAGCGAGAUCCUGUUCCUUCAGCUGUAGAACUAAACUGCCAUGUUGAUAAGUUAUCUGACAUUAGUGAAGUGGAGAAUGGAAGCAUUACUGUUGGUUUGGACCGUUCAGCACCUGUAUCGAUUAGUAGAUUUCCAAACCUGGAUCCUGUCCCUUCCACUGAUGGAUCAAACUGUCUUCUUGACGAGUUGUCCAACAAUUUUAAAGCGGACAAAGGAGGAAGCAGUUCUUGUGGUUUUAACUGUUCAGACAUUCUCAGGGAUGUCUGUCCCCGAAAUGGGUUCAGCAAACAUAUUGAAACUCAAAAUAUGUCUGAAGAUGAUAGUGAUGACAUAUGUGAUUCAAAAACUAUUUCAAGCAAAGUUCAGCCUUUUUUAGCACCUGUGACUAUUGCCAGAGGGGAUUGUCCUGAAAAUGGUGCCUGUCAACGUCCUGAAACUUCAAAUACGUCCAUGGUUGAUGAGGACAUUUCUGAUUCAGAGAUUGUUUCAAGCCAAGUUCAACAUUCUUUAGUCCCUGCGACUAUUGCCAGAGACGAAUAUCCUAAAGAGGGGAAUUCUAAUGCACAGGAUGUUCUGAUCCAAGUUCAACAUGAGGUGGGAGAGACUAGUUUCUCCGCAGGAGUUCCUUUCUCGACCCUUAUAAAUUAUAAGGAACCAAUACCUUAUUCAGGUACACACAGUGCUUCGAGUGAAGUGCAACAUGAUCAGGGGGAAUCAAGUUUCUCUGCAGUAGGUAACUCAUUGAGUCUUAUAAAUAGUUCGGGACCAAUACCUUAUUCUGAUUCAGAUGGAUUCCUUCUUCAACGUGAUCUGGGAGAUUCGAGUUUUGCUGCAGUAGGUCAUGUCUCGAGUCUCAUAAAUAGUUCGGGACCAAUACCUUAUUCUGGCAGUAUCUCCCUUCGAUCAGACAGCAGCGCAACCAGCACCCGCUCAUUUGCCUUCCCUGUUAUUUAUCCGCAUGAACCAUUUAGCAGUCCAGUGAGAAUGGCAAAAGCUGACCGGAAGCUUUUGCGUAAACAUAGGGGUUGGAAGCGGGGUAUUUUCUGCUGUAGUUUCUGAAUGCCUCUAUGUCCUUAGUUUUAUGUUGAAUAUAUGCAGCCCAAAAUAUUAUUCGUCAAUACAUACAUCAUGCUCUCUGUCUUGGGAUGUAAUUUGCAGUAGGAUUGUAGGUAUUUAUGCGUGCACUCUAAGGUCUAAGCAGUAUCUUAUAAUUUUUUCAUUUUCUCUCAUUGGUUUA